UUUGAGAUGGUGAACGCUUUGAGUAGUUUUAAAAUAUAUAUAACAUGUAAAGAUUACCAUAUAUGGGUUGAUGAUUGUUUUGUAGGCCUAGCUGGAGCAACUUUGUGUUAUGUCAUUAAAUCAUUAAAGAUAUACGGUACUGUUCACACGUUAACAUUGUUAAUGAAAGGACGUAUACCAACUAAAAACGAUAUUAAACAUACCCUGUAUGGCAUUUUACAAUCCACUGCAUUUUUAAGUGGUACCGGCUUCGGAUAUUCAUUAUUUUUAUGUUCACUAAGAAAAUUAAUGGGAAACUUUAACAUCCUGACAGUAUCUGCAAUUCCGGCUUUUUUGGCUAGCGUGUUUUCCAUUUUAAUUGAAAGACCGUCACGAAGAACAUUGCUAUGUUUGUACGUAAGCAAUGUUGCCACCGAAACAGUUUGGAACAUGGCAGUGUCCAGAAAUUACGUCAAGAAUAUUAAAUACGGAGAUGCUGCCAUCUUUAGCAGCAGCAUAGCCCUACUUUUGAUGUAUUUUAAGGGCGGCCAUCAUAAAAAGAGCGGAAAUGAAGAUUCUAUGUUUAGAGUUUUAAGGUUUGUUAUUGGUCCGUAUGAAGAAAAAGACUAUACAAGCAGUCGUUCUAGUCAAGCAAAUAGUUUUUACCGUCAACAAGAACAAAACGAUGGAAGAUCAAGAUCUGGGAGUUGGCAACGAAGCAGGCCCAAGACAAACUUUGUUUUGCAUAUUGUAAAUCAAAUGUUAUCUAUUUAUAAGAAAAUAAUUAACAAAAUCAAGUGCUGUGAUAGACACCAUGCGUGUCCCCAUCCGUUUAGCUGUUUGUAUUAUACAAUGCAAGGUGCUGGAAAAAUGUUUAGUAUAGGCCUGGGUAUACAAAUAUCACUAAAACUUUUAUUAAAUAUGAAGAGCAUAUUCCAGUCUCCAGCAAAUGUAAAACGAAUAAUUUGGAAAAAAGAAACCUUGAAUCUAGCCUCGUUUUUGGGCGCUUUUUCAGGUUUAUUUAGAUCUGUUUCUUGUAUUUUAAGAAGAAUAUCAGGAAAAGAUGAUCCUAAACAUGCCAUACCAGCAGGAAUAAUUGCAGGUAUGGCUUUUACAAGGUACCCAGAUACAACAGUAUCACUCUACGUAUUGUGGAAAGCUGCCCAGGUUACUUAUAACAUUGGAAUUGAAAAAGGUGUUUUGCCAAAAGUCCCUGGAUUUACGGAAUUUUUGUACUGCUUUAGUACAGCUAUAUUGUUCCAUGCUGCAAUAUUAGAACCUACAAAUUUAAGACCAAGUUAUUGGAAGUUUUUGCAUUCAAUUUCAGGCGGAAGAAUUGCUUGUAUGAAUCGCAUUCCUUUGGACGCAUGGGGACUCAACACGUCCGAGUCGUUAAGAACAGUGUUAGCUCAAACGAAAACGGUACCUGUUGUACACUUUUAAUGUACUAUCCAAUAUGAUUAAAUUUGUAAAUAAGUAAUUAAUUUUUAUACAAUCAUAAGGUGCAUGUUUUUUUUAUUUAAUAAAUUAAACUCGACAAUUUGAACCAUUAUAACUUAAUUCCAAUGUUUUUAGUUAUUUACAUAUAUAUUUUUGUUACAUUUAUUGUAUUGUUGUAUUUUAUAUUUUUUAUAAUUUAUUCAUAAUAGGUACAUUUUGGGCCAAAUAAAGGAAUAAAAAAUUAAGUAUAAUAUUUAUUUUAAAACAUAAGUAACGGAUUUGUUAAUCUGUUUUGUGUUGGUAACACUCCCAAAGGCAAUCCAGUAAAACUUCCAGGAUCUAAAUUAAAUAUUAAAUUUAAGAAUAAAUUAAAAAUAUUAAUCAAGUAUACUUACUACUAACAGGUGUCCAUUUUAAGAAUGAAUUUGUACUUGUAGAUCCAUUAAUAUUGUUUAUUUCAUUAUUAAAAUCCAUAGUAGUUUCUAAAUCCACCAUGAGAUUACUUAAUGAAUCUAGAUUAUAUAUUACUUGACUGCCUUGUGGGAUCUUUGCUAUAUUGUAUGCAUCUAAUAAUUUAUUUGUAUG